AUUGACGUCUCCCCUGGGCUCGUCCCCUCACCCCCACCCCACGGCCAUGUUUGGUUUCUCUUGUACCGUGUCCAGCCGGAGUCCGGAGAGCAGCUGGAGGCCCAGAUGGACUGCGGCCUGGUGAAGGGCCACGCCUACGGGGUGACAGAUGUCCGCAAGGUCCGUGUUGGCCAAGGGCUCAUGGCCUUCUUCAAGCAGGAGAAACUCUACAUGAUCCGGAUGCGGAACCCGUGGGGCAGCACCGAAUGGAACGGCCCAUGGAGCGACGGGUCUGAAGAGUGGCAGAAAAUCAGCAAGGCGGAGAGGGAGAAGAUAGGAGUAACUGUCCGUGAUGACGGAGAGUUCUGGUAAGGUUUCUCAUACCCCCUUCAUCGAUAGGCCCCUCUGACCUGAGCUCUCCCCUCCCCCUUCCAACUCUGGCCUCUUCUGCAAUCCCACCCUUUGCGUCCUCCCAUUCCCAUCGCCGCUGGGGG